AUGGCCAUGGAGAAAGAUGUCGAGAAGAGCACAGAUUCAUCUAUGCACCACGAAGAAACAAUUUCAUACCAAGUCCCACCAGCCGAGCAAGAAGAAUCAGCCCGUCUGAACCUUCAGACUAUUCUCGCAUUCGUCUCACUAUGCGGUCAAUUCAACGCUUACAUCCUCACGCUUCUAAUCCCAGCCACAACGCUAUCCUACAUCAACGCGGAUCUAGGUCCGGAUCCGAACUACACCUGGAUUACAGUGAGUUGGCAACUCGGAGCCUCGAUCUUGAUUUCAGUAGCCGGAAGACUGGCAGAUAUCUUCGGCCGUCGCUAUUUCAUGCUCCUAGGCUCAUUCCUCGGCGUGAUAGGAUGUGUAGUCGGCGCUACAGGACAGAGCAUAAACCAGAUGAUUGUUUCUGGUGUGAUCUUCGGUAUCGCGAGCGGAUUUCAGGAGAUGUCGUAUGCGUGCAUUCAAGAGAUUCUGCCUAAUAAAUAUCGGAUGCAUGGAGUCGGUAUCUUCGACUGCUCCCUCAUCAUAGCAAACUUCUCUCCACUCAUCUCCUACGCAUUCAUCGCCAAUGUAUCAAUCACAUGGCGCGGAGCUUAUUGGUAUAUGUUCUCCCUCCACAGCUGCUUCUUUAUCUUGCUUUUCUUCUGCUACAACCCACCAGACUUCAGCAUGAAGCAUCGACAUGACGGGAAGACGAAAUUGGAAUUGCUUGGCGAACUGGACUAUGUCGGCGUCUUCCUUUUCACAGCUGCGGCCACGCUUUUGCUGGUUGGUAUCAACUUUGGCGGAAGGCAGUAUGAAUGGAAAUCGCCUGCUGUUAUCGCGCCUAUCGUGGUUGGGUUUGCUUGUGCGGUGGCUUUGGGCUUUUGGGAGACGAAGAUGGAUCUUAAGUAUCCACUUCUGCCACCGAAGUUGUUUAAGAAGGUUCGAGGGUUUGUUAUGGUUAUCGUGGUCUGCUUCGUUGGCGGUAUGCUCUACUACAGCAUGACCGUUCUCUGGCCUAGACAAUCAGCCACUCUCUUCGUCCCUGCAGACAAGCCCAUCAUGCGUGGCAUAUACGCCAACAUCUUUCCACUUGGAACAUUGACUGCCGGAAUCAUAGUGGUAACCGUCUGUUCCAGAAUAGGCCACGAGAAAUGGCAGCUUGUCGGAUUUAUGAUCGUUCAAACCGCGUUGAUCGGUUCCAUGGCAUCGGUAGGAGUGAACGACAAAGCUCAAGCAAUUGCAACGGUGUUCCUAGCAUCAUGUAUGAUCUCGCCACCUCAACUCAUCUCCUUUACCAUGUUAUCGCUAGGACUAGACGAUCAAACCGACAUUGGUAUAGCCGUCGGUCUUGCAGGUACUUUCCGUCUAUUAGGAGGCGCUAUAGCAACUGCCAUAUACUCCGCAAUCCUUACCCAAACCUUCAACGACUCUAUCGUUGGCAAAGUUCGCAACGCCAUUUCCCAGACCGGAUUCCCACAAUCGAGUGAGGCUGCGUUGUUAGCUGCUACAAGACUCAACACACCUGCCUUCUAUGCGACAGUCCCGGGUAUGAACGCGGCUGUGAGGGCCGCUGCUGAGUUGGCGUACAAACUUGCGUACGUGGACGCUUUUAGGCUUGUGUUUUUGGUGGCUAUUGCGUUUGGUGUCGCUGCUACUGUUGCGGCCUUUUUUACUGUGAGUACGGAUGUGCGGACGAAGACUAACAAGAGAGCUGUGGUUUUGAGGAAUGAGGUUAAUGCUAAGGAGGUUGAUGCUGAGGGAAAUCAGGUGUAG